CUCUCAUUCAUCAUUUUCUUUGGGAAAGUGCAAUAUAAGACAUAAUGGUUCCUUGGAAAGUCUGACGGUUACAGACACUUUCGCUACCACAGCUAACGCGGUGGAGCUCCGGACCUCUACGUUACCCUUCACCACUCACCAGUCGAGAAAAGCCCAAUCCCUCGCCAUCAUUUUUAACAAACAAGAACAAUCAGCAGCAGUGGGGCGCUCGGCGACGAAGGAAAGAAAAUCUGUUUCCAGUUGCGACUCGUCGGAAUUCCUCUGAGCUACCCAUUUCUCAUUUCUUCGUUACCCAACCUGGGAAGCUUCUGAUUUUCGAGUAAAGCGAACGAAUUUUGCGACUCCCCGGUUUCAGAGAGAGAGAUAGAGAAUGGGGACACCAGUGCCAGUGAAGAAAGUAUUGCUGACCUCCAAUGGCGACGAGGUUUCCCAGAGUAUCGCCUUCCAAUUAGCAAAACAUGGUUGCAGGUUGGUUUUGAUGGGGGAUGAGAGCUGUCUAAGGCAUGUGAGUGAGAAGAUAAUGAGCUCCAUCAAUGGUGCUGCCACAGUAGAAGUGGUGGGGGUGGAUAUGGAAGAUGAAAGAGAGGAAGCUUUUAAAGAAGCUGUGGGGAAGGCUUGUGGGAUUCUGGGGAAUCUGGAUGCUUUUGUCCAUUGCUAUUUCUAUGAAGGAAAGAUGCAGAACAUUCUGCAGUUUCCGGAGAGCGAGUUCAAGAAGACAGUGAAGAUAAAUUUCAUGGCUCCAUGGUUUCUGCUAAAGGCUGUUGGAAGUAGAAUGCGAGACCAUGACACAGGAGGUUCCGUCGUCCUCCUGACCUCACUAAAUGGAGCAGAGAGAGGGAUCUAUCCAGGAGCUGCAGCAUACGGUUCAUGUUCUGCUGGAAUCCAGCAAUUAGUUAGGAAUUCAGCCAUGGAAAUUGGGAAGCACAAGAUCCGAGUCAACGCGAUUGCACGAGGCCUGCAUCUGCAGGACGAGUUCCCCAAAUCAGUAGGAAAAGACAGAGCAGAGAAGCUUGUUGGCGAAGUAGUACCUCUCCAGAGAUGGCUAGAUGCCCAAAAUGAUCUACCAUCAACUGUCAUGUAUCUAAUCAGUGACGGCUCUCGUUACAUGACCGGAACAACCAUAUUCGUUGAUGGAGGCCAGUCCAUGUCGAGGCCCCGUCUGAGAUCCUUCAUGUAGUUCAAAAUUGCUUGAAGGCGGCUUAUAGUAGUAAUUGCUACGGAAAUUCUUUCAUAGGAGAAAAGAAGAAAAGGGAAGAAAGGGAUAAAUAAUAAUGUUAUCUUCAAUCUCUUAUUUGUAAGUAAAAGGGUCACCAUUCUGAUAAUUUCUUCAAUGGGAAGCAGCAAUCUGCAUACCUGCAGCUUAAUCAAUGGCUUGCUCGGGCUGAAAGGUCACUACUUUGAAACGAUGGACCACGACUAGUUAAUCUCUGUUCAACGAUGGCAGGCUGCGACUGUGUUGGAAUUCAAACUCCAAAUCUAUAAUAUUUCUAGCUUCACGAUGUGUUUUCCAAUUGGGUUGGACUAGGAACAGGAUCCACUUCUAGGCUAUACGGUUUCUUCGGUUGACAAGUAAUCAAUCAUUCAAAGGUAAUAAGCUCCUUCCUUUCGAUUAGUUGUGGAUAAGCAGAGUGCCCUGUUUCUCUCUUCCGAGGAAACGGAGCAACUAUGGCGGACGUCGGAGAUGAACCCCGUCCGGUGGCCGUUAAUCCACUAUUUUCUUCGGAUCAUGAAAUAAUACUGUU